AUGAAGAAGUACAUGCUGCAGAAGCAAAAUGCAGAAUGCGGCAGCAGCGAAAGCACUCUGCAAACUCUCGCCGUUUGUUCAUCCCUAGAGGCUAUAGAGCACAUAGGAGUUGGCUGCUUCUAUGAGCUCGACCACUCCAAGCUUCCUCCCCAAGCUCCGGAGCUUCUCAAGUCCACCCGAAUCGUCAUGGUGAGCAAGAAGGCGCUGUACAAAGUCUCGGUGAGGUUUCCGAGCAUUGAUUCUCUGCAAGCUUUUCUGAGCGAGAACGGGCGUGUUGUAAAGAAUCAGCUUCCGGCGAUGGACGAGAAGCACUAUUUGGAGCCGGAGGCGGCGGCGGAGGUUUUGUAUCGGCGGGUGACGGCGGAGGAAGUAGCGGAGAGGAGGAAGGUGUGGAGUUUUUGGGCGGUGGUUACGCGGUGUCAGAGUCUUGUGAGGAGUCCGGUGAAGAAGGCGAGGCCGGAGAUUAGUUUCAGCGGUUUGGUCCAGUGGGGGACGAGAAAGCGCGUUCGGUUCGUCAGUCCGACUCCGGUUCAGGUUCCGGCGAGCUCUGAAGAGAAGAGUGAGAAUGAGGAGGAGGUGGAAGAAGAAGAAGAUGAAGAAGAGGAGAAGGAUCGGAGGAGUGAGAGAAGGACGCAGCCGGUUAAGGCCCAGAAGAAGCCGAAAAGGCCCAGACGUGAAGAACAGAGCAAGCAAAUCGUGGUGUGCAAUAGUGAGAAGAGAAUGGUGAAAGCUAAUGUGACUAGAUGGUCUGCUGGGAGGUACAAAUUGGCUGAGGAGAGCAUGUUGAAGGUGCUGAAGGAAAGAGGGGCUACUGCUGGGAAGCCAGUGAAGAGGGCGGUUCUGAGAAAUGAGGCGCGGAAGUCCAUCGGCGACACGGGUUUGCUGGACCAUUUGCUGAAGCAUAUGGCAGGGAGAGUGGCACCAGGUGGGGCUGAGAGGUUUCGGAGGCGGCACAACUCUGAUGGAGCAAUGGAGUAUUGGCUUGAGAAUGCUGACUUGGUUAAGAUAAGGAAGGAGGCUGGGGUUCAAGACCCUUAUUGGACUCCACCUCAGGGGUGGAAGCCUGGUGAUGAUCCCAAGCAAGACCCGAUUUGUGCAACGAUGUUUAAGGAGCUGUGGGAUGAAAUAGCUAAUUUGAAGAAGAGGGAGAAGGAAUCCAGGCAGCCGGAGCAGGAUUCAGCUUUGGUGACCUUCACCUCAAACUCUAUGGCGACAAGUACGGAUUGGGACCAAGCUUACAGCUCAGUUACUCAGCUAAAGGACAAAUAUACACAUCUGGCUAUCACAAAGUCCAAGUUAGAAGAACAAAUGCAGCGAGUUUCUCAAACUUUGUCUGGAAUGGAGGAAGAAAUUAUGGCACUAAAAUCAACCAUGGAAACACCAGCAGGAGCACUUAUGUACUACUCAGAAGCAGCUGAUGUGCCACAACUGACUGACAAUGAAAGAGGGAUAAAAGAGGACAGAGCAACAAAGCUAGAGAGACUGAGGAGUGGCUUCAGGAUCUGCAGGCCACAGGGGACAUUUCUGUGGCCAAACAUGAACAUGUCUAUGUCUCAACACCAGAUUGACCCAUCCGCAGUCCCAACCACACCCUCUGUUACCUCUUCCACAAAACCAGCCCCCCAACUAGACCUAGUCCUUAUUCAAUCUCCACAUGAACCCACUCCAAGCUCAAGCUCAGGCUCCCUCAUUAAGCCAUUUGCAGAGAGACGCCCGGUCAACACAUCUACUCUAUUAUGCAAUGUGACUGUCCCACCCUCUUUACCUCCUGCAUUUACUCGAGCACCGUCUGGGAUUAAGAAGACUACCUCCCUUUCCCAGAGCGGCAAGACCCUUCAAAUUAACCUCAAUGAAGUGCCUGGUGAUGCCCAACACAAUGAAUCUACUGCAGUUUCUAGGACACUCACCUACCAAAGAAGAUGUCAACUGAGGAAGGCGAGGAAAGAGAACAAUGGAGGUACAAGGAAGGAUAAUAAUAUGAGCUUGAGAGGACACUCCGAUUCUGAGCAGCGACAUGAGUAUCAUCAGCCAACGUGGUAG